ACACUAAUAAAUAGCCUCACUCUACAUCUAAUCAAUAGAUUAGAUUAAAGCAAAAAAGGUUCUUCAAAAAAUAUUCUGCAAAAUACUCAGUCGUACGACCAUAGUGGACAGCAAUAGUUGAAAUGCUAAGAGGAAUAUUAAUUAUACUGGCCCUUGUGGCCAUAUCAGGAGCUGACUUUAAUCCUUUCAUUGAUAUACCCUUCAAGGCUAUUAAGACUUCGGCUGAGCGGAUUGAGGAGCAGGGCUAUCCAGCUGAAUCGCACUUCGUGGAGACUCCGGAUGGCUAUGUCCUGAAUAUGUUCCGCAUUCCGCAUUCACCGAGUCUGAAUAAUGCCGCCCAGCAGCGUCCUGUGGUGCUCAUCAUGCACGGCCUGUUCAGUUGCUCCGAUUGCUUCCUGCUCAAUGGUCCGGAGGAUGGACUGGCUUAUAACUAUGUGGACGCUGGCUAUGAUGUCUGGCUGGGUAAUGCUCGUGGCAAUCUGUACUCGAGGAACAACACCAAGUUGGAUUUGAAGCAUCCUUAUUUCUGGAAAUUUAGCUGGCAUGAGAUCGGUUCCAUUGAUCUUCCAACGAUGAUUGACUAUAUCCUGGAGGAGACUGGAGAGAAGGCUUUGCAUUAUGUGGGGCACUCGCAGGGUUGCACUUCUUUCGUUGUCAUGGGUUCCUAUCGUCCCGAGUAUAAUGCCAAGAUUAAGACAGCUCAUUUGCUGGCACCACCUGUAUUUAUGGGUAAUACCACCGAGGGUUUGAUUGUGGCCACUGCCCCGGUUUUUGGUAAACCUGGAAUAGGUUCUGCUCUGCUGGAGAAUCAGGUUUUCUUGCCACAAAAUCAUUUCAUUCAAAGACUGUUGGAUACCACCUGCAGUAAUCAGCCUUUAUUGCUAAGUUACUGCAAGACUUUGGCUUUGCUUUGGGGAGGUCCUGAAAUAGGAAAUUUGAAUAAGACCCUGCUACCUCAAAUCGCUGAGACUCAUCCCGCUGGCAUUUCCUCCAAUCAGGCAAUUCAUUUCAUACAAUCUUAUACCUCGAAUGAGUUCCGUUUGUAUGAUUGGGGAAGUCGCAAGAAUUUGGAGUAUUAUGGAGUGGCAGAACCUCCGGCAUAUGAUCUGGGCAAAAUAACCUCUGAACUUUAUUUGUACUACGGCCUGGCAGAUGGUUCUGCCAACAAACAGGAUAUCUCACGACUUCCCGAACUUCUUCCCAACUUGGCUUUAUUGCAUGAAGUGCCUUUGCCCACCUGGGGACACUUGGACUUUAUUUUUGCCACUGAAGUCAAGAAGUAUAUCAACGAUCUGGUUAUAGAUUAUAGUAUGGCUUAUGAUGAGGAAGCUAAUAAAAAUUAAUAUGGAUUUCA